UAUUUUUAUUUAUUGAAUUGAAAAUAUCAUCUACAUUAUAUAAAAUUAAAAAAACAAGUUCAAACAGUUGUAAAUAUAGUUAUUAAUUAAUAUUUUGUAGGUAAUUAAGUAAAAAUGUCCAAUCCACUAGUCCAGUAUAUUUUAUUGCGGAGUGAUUUGCUCAAGGAUCUAGGUUGGUCUAUAGGAGCAUUGGUAGCACAGGCGUGCCACGCAUCAUCGGCAGCAUUACAUUUGUUUAGAGAUGAUGAAAAUACCAAACAAUAUUUGAAUGAUCUUGAUAAUAUGCACAAGGUUGUCCUAGAGAUCCCAGAUGAAGAAUCGCUUAAGAAGAUUGCUAAGAAAUUAGAGGAAAAUUCAAUAUCACACAAACUAUGGAUUGAGCAGCCUGAAAAUGUAGCAACAUGUGUAGCUUUAAAACCAUACCCAAAAGAUGAAGUAAAAAAAUAUGUUGGAAAAUUCAAACUCUACAAAACUACUAUGAAUGCCUGAUUUAAAAUACAGUU